GAGGAAACGCAGCAAAUGCAAAAUGCAAAAAUGCUCCCCAUGGCUUUAAUUUGUGUUUACAGUAGAACAGUUCAUUUUCAUGUGCAAGGGUAGACUGUAUUAUUGUAAUGCAUGGACUAUACAUAAUUUGUAUAAUACUUACUUUAUAGAGCUGCAAACAUUCAUGGUUUGUGGUAGAUUUCUUUGCACUUUGAUAAAUUUGGUCCCCCAUGCCUGGUCUCUAAAACGCCAUGAACAUGUUCACAAAGCCCUUAGCUAACCAUGUAAGUCUGGUGCAUGAUUCAUAACCAUUCUUGACUUUAACAUAACUGUUUCUUCUUUUCUAGGGAAAAAUGGAUCUGCCUUUGAAUCUUCGAGUGCUUCUACUUUUCUGUUUCCUCAACACUGUUGUUUGGGCAUGUCCAGAUAAAUGCAGAUGUGACGGAAAUACACUCCUCUGCAAUGGUAUCUCCAACUUCCCUACAUCUGUGCCCUCAUCUACCACUACCCUCUACUUCUCCAACUGCAGUAUCUACUUUAUAAAGCCAGAUGACCUGACUGAUUUCUCCAAUACCCUUAGUGUCUUUAUGAUUAAAGACACAGUUUUGAGGGAGGUGCGCCAUGGCACAUUUGAUUCCACUAGGAACCUAGGUGUGUUGUGGUUUACUGGAACGGAAUUGCAAGAUCUCCCUGCGGCGUUGUUCCAAAAUCUUCAGAAGCUUGAAACUCUGAAUCUGAGGAGCAACAAGCUCCUGGUACUCCGCCCUGAUUGGUUUUCAGUGUUGACAAAUCUGAAAGCCCUUGACCUCAGUAGGAACCUUUUCACUUCUGUGCCUGUUGAAACUUUUCAUCCUCUUUCUGAUCUGCAGUAUCUUUAUCUUUCCGGAAACAGUAUCGGUCAAAUAUCUAAAGAGACAUUCAGGGGUCUCUCUAAGCUGGAAACCUUACGGCUUCACAAAAACCAGCUACAGGAACUCCCCAUUGGGAUUCUGGAUGACCUUUCAAACCUGGGGGAACUAUCUCUACAAGACAAUUUAAUUACUCAUCUCCCUCAUGACCUUUUCGCUAAAACUUUGAAACUCCAAAAGCUGUUCCUGUCCCACAACAGGCUCACAUCUCUUCCACAAGGGAUCUUCUUAAACCUGCCACUCCUUUCGCAUAUCUCCCUGUAUGAAAAUCAGCUGGAAAGUCUGGAACCGGGAAUAUUUGGGCCCAUGGCCCUGCAGGAAUUGUGGCUGUAUGACAACAAGCUAAGCAGAGUGGAAGAUGACACAUUCAGGAACCUGACUCAACUGCGUCUCCUGGUCCUUAGUCGCAACCAGAUCGACUAUGUAUCCACCAAGGCCUUUAGAGGGUUGGAGAAGGUGGGAGAGGUAUCACUUCACACCAAUCUACUCACAACCCUGCAAGCUGGGACUUUCCAAGGUCUGUCCAGUCUGGUCAACAUUUCCUUGGAGCAUAACUUCAUCAGCUCCCUUCCAUUGGAUUUUCUCCAGGGUCUGAGCAAUCUGGGGCAGAUAGACCUACGGAAUAACUCUCUUCCCAACCUGCCACAGAAGAGUCUAGAUGACCUCAGUGCAGCAACAGAAAUACUCCUGCAGCAGAACCCCUGGAGAUGUGACAAGGAUAUUUUGCCACUUAGGGACUGGCUGAGGCAGAACCCAUCCAAAGUCAACCAAACCAUGGUGGUCUGUGAAACACCUUUCAGUCUUGAUGGUGAGGUAAUUGCCCUGCUGUCAGAUGAGAACUUGAUGCCUAUCAUGUCAACUGUGGAGCCUGUGUUGACGUCAACAGAGAAGAGGAGGAAACCCCAUACCCCUCCAUCCAGGCGAAGCACUUCCUCACCUGCUUUCAAGACAACCCCCACUUCAGAGUAUGAGGAGGUCACCAGCAGUGGACAAGGGGAAAAAGAAAUAGUCUCUAAUCACACUUUGAUCAUCAUUGCAGUAGUGUCUACUGUUGUCAUCAGCACUGUCAUCAUCAUAUGCGUGUUCUGGAGGAGGAACAAGAGAGGCAGGGGGAAUAUAGGUAGCAGAAAUAAAAACUCUGUGUUGUAAACUGAAAACACACAAGCAACCCAAGAACUUUUAAAGCCAAGGGAAAUUGCUCACUGAUUACUGUGGUUUACUUGGAAAAUAUGGAGGCUAUAGCUGAUUUUAGAGCCUCAAAUGCAACAGCCACUUCAGCUCCUUUCAGAUGUACCAGCUAAAAUAGACAAGUGAAGUUUUGAAUACAUUUGCUCUCUGUUUUUAAUAAUGACAAUUACCAGCCAUUAUUCCUUUCAUGUGUGCUGUAAAAAGAGAACAGACGUUGUAUGUAUUAACUGUAAAAACACCUACUGCUAUCUUGUGGGCAUCCUGGAUAUUUUGGUGCAUGUAACCUCAGAUGGACUCAAAGACUUUGCAUUGCAUUCAGUAUUUUCUCUUCAAAUAAUUUUUUACUUUUGAGUACUAAUAAUUGCAUUUUGGCUUUUUUGCUAACAACAAUACAUUUAAGAAAACCGUUUUACUUUUGGCAAAUAGCUAUUCAUCAUUUUGACUUCACUGUAACACAAUUCAUCUUUUGGUUUUCACCUUUGAAAUGCAAAAUGCUACUGCUCAUUCAAUAAAUGCAUUACUAUUAGUGGGA